GGGAGGUGGUGUGCUUACAGCAGCCCUGCGGCGUCGCCUUCCAUCCGCUGUGUCUGGACUCAGUUUGGCGCGGUCAGCCCUUUGUUGGUAGGCUGAUGUUUGCUAUUUAUUUAUGAAAAAGCGAGUCUGUUUUCUAGCUCUUUACUAACCUAUUCUCCGAGUCUUGUUAUACAGGGAAAUUCGAAUGGUGCUUGAUGUCCUUUUGCUGAAGAGAGGUGCGCCCACUUAAGGCGUUUAGUGAAGUCUGAAGUGUCUUAGAUGACAUGCAGUGUGACCAUACCUUGAACCCUGUAUUACUGACUUAACAGUUUCCCUUAGAGCAUCUCCAGUGUAGGAAAUACAUUGUAUCUUUGUUAAAGUCCGUAGUCAAACUGGAAAAUGUUUUAAAAGUGUAUUGUUAAGGCUGGUAGGCCUCACAAUUCAGACCUGAUUGUAGCUAAGAUUUAUUUAGAAUAACUUAAAAAUGAAAGGAAGAAACACUGUGGUGGUGUAAUAUCUCUUGUAUGAUGCUCAAGACAUAAGUGAAUACCAUUAUUUAGAAAUUGAAGGGCAGAUUACGUUUUUUAAUGAGAAUACACAAGAAACAACUGUCAAUAAUUACAUAGUUAAAACACCUACAGGUAUCUUUAAAAGCACUAUGGAGGAAUGCUAGCGUUCUUCAAGUGUAUGCUAAGAUGGAUGAAGGUGACAUUUCAUUGGAACUACAAAUAGAGAAAAUGAAGAAUGCUGGCAAUCACCCAGUGGAGACAUAGUUCAUAUUUACGCACAGCUGAAGUGAUCAGUGAAAUAGUGUUUACUGUGGAGUGAUCAGUGAAAUAGUGUUUACUGUGGAGCACCAUGCACCUUACAUUACUGGAAAACUGAUGACUGAGGGAUAUUUUGGCUUGGCUUUAAAUUCAGAAUCCAAUGUUUUAACAUACUAACUUCAGUCAAAUUAAAAUUUUAAUAUUUUAAGAAGAAAACAAGAAUUGAAGUCAGUUUAAGAAUCACAGUGGUUUGAGUUACGAAUCACAAUAUUAAAGAUAUUACUACAGACUUGUGUUUCUUGAAAGGUGCAACAAACACCUGGAGAGAGUAAAUGCAUUUUAGAUUUACCUUGAGGCCAGUUACAUAUGCAAAUUCUUUCAGAUAACAGUUUUUACUUCUGCGUGCCCCUUGAUAUCUUUCCUUUUCUUUCUCUAGGAAUUACCCAUCAGUUUUUAGCUGAUUUCAGAAACAGAGUUCCAUUUCUGUUGUGAAACCAUGUGUGUACCCAUGAGUUCUGCUUCACUAGACAUGUGUGCUGUGUUUUGUGAGUUAGUGUAUGUCAGAUGGCUUGAGACAAGUGUGAGUUAAAUGGGGAUAUAAAUGCAUAGUGCUGGAAUACUUUGAACUUCUGUAUUGAAAGGCUUGAAGGGAGUGGAAGUAAGUAUUGUGCCUCAUUCAUAAUAUCCUUUAUGAUCUGUAAUAGAGUUCUUUUAACAUUCUAAAGAUUUUGUGCCUGCCUGCCCCCCUGAAAGUUUCAGAAUGCUGCAAAUAGAAGCUACAAGUGGCCUUCUGGUUAUGUAUCUAAAUAACUGUAAAUUAGCUGUGAUUGUACAAAGAUCUUACAGGUGGAUUAGGCUUUUGCGGGAUUGUAAUCUCACAUUUGUUUACUUGACUUGCAGAGUCCAGUGAGAUUUUCCAGUGUCUUUGCGCUCUGUUUUUAAGGCUUAGGGGGAAAACUUGCGACUUUUGCUGAUCCUCGCCAACCAAAGGUCUGGGCUGAAGAUAUAUGCCAUAUUUUUAGACUUAAAAUAGGGUGCAUAAUGAAAAUACUCCUCUUGUACCUAAUGCAACAGCAAAAUAAAGAAUUUAAAGAUUACAUUUAAAAGUUUUUUAUACCAUUAAUUUCACUGAGGUAGAGGUGCAGAUUUUGAUGGUUUUCCAGUUAGAGGGUUGUAGCCUGGUGUUUCUGCUUGUUACUUGACCUUUCAGAGGGGGAAGCUUAGAAGAGAGAGAGGAAGGGGGGAAAAAAACAAAACAAAACAAAGAAGCUUUAGGGUUAUAUUUUACCCCGAAGAAGUUUCCAACAUGUUCUGGGAUGUGAAGCCUAUGAAGGGAAUCCAGCUGCAAGGGAAAACAAUAAACAUGAUACUUAAUUUCUAUAAACAAGAGUUAACUGUCAAAAGAGUUAUCUUUACUUUGCAGAAAGGUUGUGAAAACAAGCUAUCCAAAUUGAAUGAUGCAAAAAUAGCUGGAAGAGUACUUCUGUGAAGGUCUUUUGGCCAAAUUCUGUUGUUCUAGUUCUGUCAGAUGCUUACUCACUUGUAUGUAUAGAAUUACUUUUAAGUAUUCUAGGAACUUCUUAAUAAGUAUGCCAUUAAUGUACAUCAGAUUGUGUAAUAUCUUUAUAUAAAGUCUUGUGCCUUCCAGCUGUUCCUCUCCUCUCAUCCCCUCUUUUUUUUUUUUUUUUUUUUAUCUUCAUACUUUUCUCUGAAACUGUCUUGAAGAUCUCUCAAGUCUCAGUGUAUUCAGUACUGGAGUCAGGUAUUUGAUCAAAACAAAACCACCAACACAGUGUAGUGAAAGGAAAUAUAAAUACAUAGGGGGCAUAGUUAACUUACCUGGGCAGCUUGUGUCUUCUGAAAAAAGAAGUGUGACUCAGUACUUUUUCCGAUCCAUGUAUAACUUUUACUAUGAGUGUCAGUAGUAGCAGAAGAAAAUGCUUUCCUCAUAGGAAAUGGAGGUCAUUCAUGAAGUGAAUGUAAAAUUUCAAAGUUAGAAUUCCUAUGUUGUAUUUUCACAUUACUUAAAUGUAAUGUUUUGGUCGAAACUAUAUGAGAAUACAAAGAAAGAAGUGAAUUUUUAAUGCUUAGUUUUACUCAGUAACUCAGAGUGAGGCAAAAUAAAAUGUAAUUCUGUUUCACUGAGCAUGCUUCUGAAAUGCUUAACUGUAUUUUUACUCUUGAAAAAAAUAUAACUUGAUGUAACUUUAAUAUGUUUAACUCACAGGAGAAGGUAAAACAAGUCAGUAGUUAGAAAUGCAGCUUUAAAAAAAUAACUUGAUGCUCAUGUCAUGUUUAAAAACUGGAAAUUGUAACUGAAGCAAUUUUAGGACCUCUUCUUCAGGAUAAGCUCCUUAUUUUAGACGUUUUGAAAGAUCUGUGUGCCAGUACGGGGAUAAAGUAGCAUCUGACACUGCAGAUUAAAGCCAAAAAGAAAUAAGCUGUGAUUAUGAGAUUGCAUAUAUGUGUUUGUACUACUGCGUGCUGAAGUGCUAAUGCAGUGUUGUAUUAUGCUUGCUGCAGAUGAAAAUAUGCAUAUGUAUUUUUUAUUACUUUGCAUAAGACAACUGGAGUAGGAAACAAAAAUUAAGUUGCUGCUUUGGUCCUGUCAGUAUGGGAGAGUGCGGUUCGUUUUCAUGAUUACUUGAAGUGUACAAGUUCAAGGGUCUUGCUGACUUGUUUUGGUGCUUCUUCCCAACCCUCCCCCCACACACACAGUUCUUAUGCUGUACUUUUUAGUUUAAGCACUUGUAAUUCAGAAAUUCACAUCUUAAAUUUGUGUACAAAAUCUGUUCUGCAAGCUUUGUGAUGUCAACAUAAAUUAUGGACAUGAAUGAAAUUAUUUAGAUGAUCCACUCUGGCAUUAUGUGAUGAGAAUCUUGAAUGUUGAGUUGGUUGUGGAAAAUUCCUAGAUCCUAAUUGCAGAAAUUUUAAAUAACUUGAAGGAAGAGUCUGUAAGUGCCAUACAGGUGCACUACAGUGAUAGUUCCUGUUAGGCUGGUCAAUUUUAUAACAAGAAAAAAAAAAAGGCAAAACUGUUGUUUUCCCUUGAUACAUGCCUAGAGCAGGAUAGUUAAAUUCUGGAAUGAUUCCAAAAAAGAUAACAUAGUAAACAAACUACAUUCUGGGACUCUUGUGACUAGAGUUCUGUUCUGAAUUCUGAGGUCAGCUUUUUGUAUAAAUUUGGAAAAUAGGUUUCUUCUUUGUUUUCCUCUCUGUCAUCCUGGUUUAAAGAGAUAUUCUUCGCAAAUAUAUUUUAAUACUUAGCAUAGCAUUUUUCUUGGUCAUGUAGCAGUAUGUAGGUUACUCCAAAGGUCUAUUUGUUUCCAUGGAAGCUGUAACAGAUGCAAAGAGCACAAUAACACUAUUUGAAAGAGCAAAUUCUCAGCUACAAAACACUGUUUUUCAACAAAGACACCACCACUAGCUGUGCAUUUUCACCAGCAACGAAAAAGUCUGCAUGCUGUGCUUGUAGAAAUCUGCACCAGCAGUCAUGACCCACAGUCUUUCCCAGCUUUUUCACAGCUGCUAUGAUAGCGUAAUUGCUGGGAAAAUACUGCCUAUGCACUCCAUCUUUCAUUGGCCCAAACAGAUGGAAGUCAGGAGGAGCAAAUGCAGACUAUGUGGUGGGCGUAGGAAGACAGUGCAGCCAACACUGGCAGAGUGUUUCACAGUCUUCAAACUGGUAUGGGGCUUGGCACUCUCGUGUUACAAGAGAACGGCUGUCUUCUCCUCUGUCCUUACUGUGGAAGUUCUAGUCUUCAGCUUAGUCUGUGUUAUGAUGUAGUGAUCAGGAUUGAUCAUUUGUCUGGGUUCCAGGAAGUCUGGAAGGAUUGUUCCUAUCUCAAAAGACAUUGCGUAUCACUUUUCCCAGUGGAAAAUGGAAUCCACUUGCCAUCAUUCCAUGGACUUGGACUCGUAAUGGUGUCACCAAUCUCAUUACUUGAAAUGAUGUGAUUCAGGAAACUGUCACCUUCAGCCUCAUACUGGUUCAGUAGGUCCUGAAAAAGUUGCAUAUGUCAUUCUUGCUGUUCCUGUGUGAGAACUUGUGGGACCCACUUGUCACAAACUUUGUGAUAUUGCAAUUUUGCUACCAUGAUUUUCAGUGCAUUGAAGCAGUUAUUUGGCUCUGUACGCAGUUCUGACUGUAAGCCACUGAUUUGUGCAGGUGAGCUGAUUGAGGCACUCUUCAAUUCGUAGUAUGACAGCUGUUCAUGGUCAUUUGGGACAUGGCUUGUCUUUCAUUUCACUGUUUUCACUGCUGAAAUGCACCACCCACCACCUCACUGUACUCACCUCCAUUGUUGUGUCUCCAUAAACAUACAACAAGCACUGACAAAUGUCAGUGGGUGCAAUUGUUUCAGCAUGUAAGAAUUCAGUGACACACCUUUCCUUUAUACUCACUUCCGUGUAAGGCACCGAUUUGUCAGACUGCCCACCUGUCACACAGCAACAAAAUGUUAUGGAAUCUUGGUUGGAAGGUUCAACCUCUACUGCCAUACCAUCAACAUCCACCUCUGACAUCGUGGGCCAAAAGAACAAAAUAGGAGGCAUUACUUUCAGAGCAGCCCUCAUAUAUUUAUUUCAAAGAAUAAAUAACAAAUUUGAUAAUCUUUAAUUCAUGUUUGUGCUUCUUACUGUGUGAACUUUUGGGCCUGAAAGGUUAGAGAUCUCCCUCCCUCAGCUAUCACAGAAUGCAGUGCUAUGGCACUAGCUAUAGGGCUUAGCUUAUUAAUGAGAAUAUUUAAAAUGUUGUAUUUCUAGAGAAACUUUGUCAGUUUUUAUUUAAAAUUAUUCAACCUCAAUAAAUAAAAUAGCUAAAUCUCUCACUUAAGCUUCAUUAUGUACAGGGUUAUGUGGGAAUUUAAAAGAAGAGCCCUUAAAAAUAGGGAAAUAAUGAGAAUCUAAAAGAGCCUCUAGAACUGUUUUGACAUUAGCUGUCAUCAUGUGGUAGCUGAUGCCAAUAACAGUUUUCAAAAAACUCAUUUUUCAUUUUUUUAAGCAACCUUAUGUCAUCUCUCCAAUGUUUGUUAACACUGGCAGUAGGCCAGUGUUUGGUUAUAGCUCCAGCAUUGCAUGAAAAAGACUGAAAUUUCAAAAAGGGUGUGAUUCGACUACAGAUUUGAAUUUCAAAAUCCAGCCAGUAAUGUGGGAAGAGAUGUUAUGUUGUUUUAACUGCAACAGAGAUGAUAUUUCUGAAACAGAUAUCUUUUUUUUUUUCUUUUUAAAUCCUGCUAAUACCAUUUCUCCACCUCCCCUUUCUAACUCUUCAUGCUGUUUUCUGACUGUGUCCUCACAGUCUACAGUAGUUGUGGUCUUAGCAAAGGUUGUUCACAAAGGAGUUUUUCUAUAGCUAUGAUGGUUUAAGGACAAAGAUGGAACUGUGUAAGAAUUCUUCUUCAGACUUAAAAGCAUAAGUUAUUAGCUUUAUAGCUUCUUGUUGAAAGACUUAAGGUUGCUUUAAGGCAAUUCUGUUGGUGCAUUGCUUUUUUUUGAUCUCCAAGUCUCUUGUGAAGAACCUACAUGGAAAACGUCACUCUCUUGAGUUGACAACAAGGAGGUAAGAAGGCAAGGGAAGGUUCAUUGCCUUAAUUGCUAAUUUUUUUUUUUUUUUUGUAGACUUAAAUUUAUCUUACUUAAAUUUAUUUAGUAAACCUAGUAAAUCUCUACAUAGUGCUAUGAAAGCAGAUGUGUAUGUCUCUUGGCUCAUACAAGGCUGGCAGUGGUAAGCAAGACUUGUGUAGUCUUCUAUGACAUCAUCAAUGUCAUACCAGUAACCAAAGGCACUACAUUUCAGAAAUAACCAGAAGAAAUAAAGGUAAUAUAUGCUUUGAACACUAAAAAUGAUGAACAUGAAGCUGCUAUCCAAGCCCUUAAGGAUGCCCAUGAAGAAGAAAUUCAACAAAUUCUUGCAGAGACAAGGGAGAAGAUCUUGCAAUACAAAAGCAAAGUUGCAGAAGAAAUGGAUCUUAAGAGAAAGAUCCAGGUUUUGGAGGAGUCACUAGAGGAUCAUAAAAAAAUGAAACAUCAGGCCUUGACAGAAUUUGAAGCAUAUAAGGAUAGAGUUGAAGACAUGCAGCUUUGUGCAGAAGCCCAGCAUGUCCAACGUGUAGUGACCAUGUCAAGAGAAGUAGAAGAGAUUAGAAAGAAAUUUGAGGAAAGGCUACGAAGUUUCAUACAGUUGCAAGUGCAAUAUGAAAAGGACAAGCGUUCAGCUCUGGAGGACUUAAGAGCUGCGCAUAGGCUUGAGAUUCAAGAGCUUCUGAAGACUCAACAGAAUCAGAAUGCAACCUUGAGUAAGGGACAAGAAAAGCUAGAGGAACUGCACAGACUGGAGCUUGAAGACUUGAAUAAUAAAGUUGAGGAAUUGAGACUGGAAAGAAAAAAACUCAUUGAGGAUUAUGAAGGUAAACUCAGCAAAGCACAGUCCUUCUAUGAACACGAACUUGAUUCAUUGAAAAGAUCCCAGCUUUUUACAGCUGAAAGUCUGCAUGCUUGCAAAGAAAAAGAGGUGGAGCUAAGGAAAGAGUUUCAAAACCAAGAAAGUAUUUUACGGAAGAAUCUGGGAAAACUUAAAACUGAAUUGCAAAUGGUCCAGGAUGAAGCUGCCAGUCUACGGGAAAAAUGCCAAAAACUUCAGGUGGCUCUUAGUACAGCAGAAAACAAUGUUCAGGUUCUUCAAAAACAGCUAGAUGACGUGAAGGAGGAGGAGAUGUCAUUGCUAAGCAAACAUAAAGAAGUGGAAAGUGAGCUAGCAGCUGCCAGAGAACGCUUACAACAGCAGGCCACUGAUCUUGUUCUCAAAGCCAGUCACAUUGGAAUGCUUCAAGCUACCCAAAUGACACAAGAAGUUACAAUCAGAGAUUUGGAAUCAGAAAAGUCAAGGUUAAAAGAAAAACUGUCCCAGCUGGAAGAGGAAAGAAACUUACUGCAAAGCAAAACACAGAGUCUGGAUGAGCGACAAAGGCAACAGAUUCUGGCCUUGGAGAAGAAAGUAAAUGAAGCAAGGGAGACGCAGCGUGAAUAUUAUGAGAAGGAAUUGGUAAAACUGCAAGCAAGAUUAGAAGGAGAGGCUGCACAGUUGAAAGAGGCUCAUUCAAAAACUUUAGAAGAACUGGCAUGGAAACACCAUACUGCAAUCGAGGCUGCACACAGCAAUGCUAAUAAGGAUAAGAAAAAACUGCAGAUGGAGUUAGAGCAGCAGUUUGAGAAGGAGAAACUGCAUUUGGAGGAUGACAAGAAUCAGCUUCGACAGCAGCUGGAAAACCUGAGGGAAGAACUGACAACAAAACUGACUUCUGCCAAUCAGGAGGUGUGUCGUCUGCAAGAUCUUGUACGAAAAAGUGAACAAGGCCUUGGUACUGCAGAAGGACAUAUCUCCAGUCUUCAAGAAGCUCAGGAAAUACUCCAGAAAGAACUAGAGUUAACUAGAGCAAGACUGCGAGAGACCACAGAUUCACUGUAUAAUGUUGAGGGAGAACUAGAUCAGGAGAGACAACAGCACGAGGUAAUGAUUGCUGCCAUGAGAGAAGAAGAAAAGUUCAAAGUUGACAGAAUGGCUCGUGACUUGGAAAUUAAAUGGACAGAAAAUCUUCGACAGGAAUGUAAUAAGCUUCGUGAAGAGCUUAGGCUUCAGCAUGAAGAGGAUAAGAAGGCAGCUAUGACUCAACUAUUGCAGCUUAAAGAACGUGAAAAAAAUGCAGCCAGGGAUGGAUGGCAAAAAAAAGUUGAAGAUCUUUUAGACCAGAUCUCCUUGCUCAAGCAGAAUCUGGAGAUGCAGCUUUCCCAGUCACAGAGCUCUUUACAACAGCUGCAAGCCCAGUUCAGUCAGGAGCGUCAGAGGCUGACUCAGGAGAUCCAGGAAUUAGAAGAAGAGCAUCAACAAAGGCAUAAGUCGCUUCAGGAAGCUCAUAUCCUUGCCUUUCAAAAUAUGGAAGAAACAAAAGAACAAGAACAAAAGGAAUUAGAAGAACGUUUACAACAAAAGCAUUCAGAAGAACUUCAGGCACUGAAAGAAACACACAAACAAGCCAUGGAAGGUUUCAAAUUGGAGAUGGAACAGGAGCUUCAGACUCUGCGUUUUGAACUGGAGGAUGAAGGAAAAGCUAUGUUAGCUUCCUUGCGCUCAGAGCUAAAUCAUCAACAUGCAGCAGCAAUUGACCAACUAAGGCACAACCAUCAGCAGGAACUCCUAGCUGCCAAAAUGGAACUUGAAAGAAGCAUAGAACUUGGCAGACGACAGGAGAAAGAAUUUUUAUGCCGAAUAUCAGAUCUACAAGAUGAACUGAGACAUCGAGACCAUCAUAUAGCUGAACUGGACAAAGAGAUUCUUCAUCUUCAUGACAAUAUAAGUGCACUGACCAAGGAACUAGAGUUUAAAGGGAAAGAAGUCCUUAGAAUACGCAGUGAAUCUAACCAACAGAUCAGGAUGCAUGAGCAAGAUUUAAGCAAGAAACAUGAGAAAGAGCUGGAUGUCUUGACAGCAGAUCACAUCAGAGAGAAACAAAGCAUGCUGGCAGAUUUUAAUAAGACCCAAGAGCUGCUCAAGGAAAUUAAUUCAGCUUUACAAGUUUCUUUAGAAGAAAUGGAAGAAAAAUAUAAAAACAGAGAAUCAAGACCGGAAGACUUGCAGCUUAUCUCAGAACUGAAAGACCUAAUUGCAGAACGGGACCAACUCAUAAAGAAAUUGAUUGAGGACAAAAAGUUCUAUCAGCUGGAGCUAGUUAACAGGGAGACUAACUACAACAAAGUGUUUAAUGCAAGCCCUAAUGUUGGUGUUAUUAAUCCAUUGGUGAAGCAAAAGAAGAAGAACGAUAAAUCAACAAACAGGUUUGUGAGUGUCCCCAAUCUAAGUGCUCUGGAAUCUAGCGGAGUGGGCAAUGGACAUCCUAACCGCCUGGACCCCAUUCCCAACUCACCCAUCCACGAUAUUGAGUUCAACAGCAGCAAACCACUGCCACAGCCAAUACCACCCAAAGAGCCCAAGACGUUUUUGAGCCCUCCUCAGACUGACGCUUCACCAGUGGCUUCACCAGAUCCACAACGCCAGGAGUGGCUUGCCCGAUACUUCACAUUCUGAGAGAUGAUUUGUUUUUGUGGCACAGCGUGACGUGGACUGUUUAUAAGAGCAUGACCUUAAGUAAACCCUCAUGUGAACAAGCUUUCCUGUAAUUUGUCAAACACUGUGAAUGAGAAAAUAUUUGUCUUUCUGAUUUGAAAAUGCACUGUAUUUCAUGUGAUAUUUGUUGGAAUCACUUGACAUGGUAUUAUAUAAUGUGUGUAAUUAUUAUUUUUACGUAAGAUGGAAGGAUCUUUAAACUUUGUAAUUACUACAUAAUAAAUUUUGGUAGAACAAACAUAAUGCUUUCCCCUUUUCCUAUAAAUGUGUUUUCUUUUAUUUUAGGUAAGGCUUCCUCCCAAAAGAAUCGCAUGGUUGUUAUAAAUACAAUGUAAUUUGUGAAAGGAAAAAUUCUCUCCAAUUUGGGCAGGGUAUGUUUAAUCCAUCCCACUUCUAUUCUGUUACUUCGUAGCAUUUUAAAAGCUGUCCCCUUUCUAAUAUUUAAAAGGAAGAAUAUGAAUUAUCUGGAAAUCGGUGUAGACGCUCACAGUGAUUUUGAGAAGGCCAUAAAAAAGAAACCAGAUUUUUUUCAUUGGGACAGGGUUUUGACAUCUGAACCGAUGCCCAUGAGACUUUACCUUCUAGUUAUUAUCAAACAUUUUGUCAUUGAAUUUGAACAGCAACCGUUCUCACAAAUUGGGCAUUUAUGUUAUGAAUAUUAACAAAGACGUGCUUGAAACCUGUAGAACACCAUACUGCAUAUCUCUGCAUAAAUCAAGAGUCUGUAUUUGGGGUAUAAAGUCUUGCUUUAGAUAAAAUUCGUGUCUGAAAUGGUAAACAAUCGAACUCAAAUAACUUUUUGCCAUUUAUACAUCCUAGAGAUACAAAUCUUUAAAAAUUAAUUACCUUCAGUUGUCUAUAUUAAGAGUUUUAUUGUCUAAUAUAUGAACAUGUUUUUUUUCAGCUAGUGAGCAUGAUUCUCCAGUCUACACUUUUUUUGAUGCUGGUGUUGCUCCAGAAAUUUGCUGCGGCAUAUAGACAAAGCCUGUUGUCUCUUUUAUAUUUUUUCAUUCAAUGAUUACCACAAAGUAACUCACACUGGUAGUCUCAGGGAGAAAAUUGUCUCUUUGUUUUAUGAAUGUAUUUUUAAGCUAAAUCUUUUAUCUUUUAAAAGCAGGAACAAUUGUUUGAGUUGUUUAAAUAAGGUUUUAGUUAGCAUAUACUAAAGUCUCUAUCUUUAAUAUUUCACCUGAAGCCCUAACUACAUACUUUUUUUUCCCUGUAUGCACAAAGGUAAAUACCCAGAUGAAUAUACUUGCUAAUUACAAUGAGUUUUAUAUGUAGUAUAUGUAUAAAUGAAAAAUUUGUAUGUUUUCAUAUAAACAAUAUAAAAUAUUCUAAAUGAACAUUUUAAAACUUCUAUCUUAUAAUUCUGCUUGAAAAAUCCACUGAAAGCUGUACUCUGGUGAUGCUGCUGUGAACUGAAGAUGUAUACAGGAGAUUUUCUGUAGCUGGUGCACUCAAAUGGAGGUAAUAUGCAACUUUUUAAUUUUAGAAGAAAGCCAUAUUGGGCAAAAUGUCAGAUUUCUUGGCUGUUACUGAAAUAAAAUACACUAGCUCAUUUUGUUAUAACGUU